CCCCGCUUCUCCGUCCAGAGGGGAGGUGGAUAGACGGGUGGCUAGGCAGCGAAGUGACGGCCAAGAGGAUUUACGGCACUCCCGAGACCGAGUGCGCACCAGAGCAGGCUCCGCUCACAACAGACACUGGAACAGGGAACGAUGACCCGCAGUCCCUUGGUGGUCUUGCUCGCGGUUCUGUGCCUAAUUGGCACAGUCCGUUGCUUGCCGAAGAAUAAAAGGCAAGCUUCCAUCUCGACCCCUCAACGCACUCCGGAUGGCUGCUAUGUUGGGAAUCGACUUUAUAAAUUUAACGAGCAGUGGGAAAGGGACUAUCUUGGCAAAACCCUGAUCUGUACCUGCUUUGGAGACAAUGGAGUAAACUGUGAAAGCAAGCAUGAAGCGGAAGAGACCUGCUUUGACAAGUACAAUGGUCGCUCCUACCGUGUAGGGGAGACCUAUGAGCGGCCAAAGGAAGGAAUGAUCUGGGACUGUACCUGCCUCGGGAAUGGCCGAGGAAAGAUCAGCUGCACAAUUACAAACCGCUGUCAUGAGUCCGGUCAGUCUUACAAGAUUGGUGACAUCUGGCGGCGUCCUCACGAGACUGGAAGCUAUAUGUUGGAGUGUGUGUGUCUGGGCAAUGGCAAAGGGGAGUGGACAUGUAAACCAGUAGCGGAGAGGUGUUAUGAUAAUAAUGCUGGCACCUCCUACGUGAUUGGAGAGACCUGGGAGAAGUCUUACCAGGGUUGGAUGAUGGUUGAUUGCACUUGUCUGGGCGAGGGCAGCGGCCGCAUCACGUGCACGUCUCGUAAUAGGUGUAAUGAUCAGGAUACCAGGACAUCUUAUAGAAUUGGAGACACCUGGACCAAGACGGAUAACCGUGGGCACCUCCUUCAGUGUAUCUGCACGGGCAAUGGACGUGGGGAGUGGAAGUGUGAGCGACAUGGCUCUCUGCUGACAACGGGUCACGGCACUGGAUCCCAAGUGGUCACUAGCAUUCAUCCGGCUAUACACAUCCCACAACCACAGCCUCCUCCACCCACUGAAGGAACCUGCAUAACCGACUCUGGUGUUUCCUACUUUGAGGGCAUGCGAUGGGUGAAGACCCAGGGCACCAAGCAGAUGUUGUGCACUUGCCUAGGCAACGGGGUCAGCUGUGCGGAGAUGGUUUCUUCCCAGGUCUAUGGAGGCAAUUCCGAUGGCCAACCAUGUGUCUUCCCAUUCACAUUUAUGGGCAAGUCUUACUAUUCCUGCACCUCGGCAGGGCGAAAUGAUGGUCAGUUAUGGUGUAGCACCACGUCAAACUUUGAAGAUGACCGCAAGUACUCCUUCUGCGUGACUGAAAAUGUACACAUUGCUACUCGAGGAGGCAACUCUAAUGGAGCCCUGUGCCACUUCCCCUUUGUGUACAGUGGGCGCAAUUACACAGAAUGCACAGCUGAUGGCCGCCGUGAUGGAAUGAAAUGGUGUGGAACAACUCUUAACUUUGAUGGGGACCAGAAAUUUGGGUUCUGUCCAAUGGCUGCUCACGAAGAAGUGUGCACCACAAGCGAAGGUGUCAUGUAUCAUGUGGGUGACCAGUGGGACAAGCGGCAUGAUGUGCUCGGUCACAUGAUGAGAUGUACUUGUGUCGGGAACGGGCGCGGCGAGUGGAACUGCAUUGCAUACUCUCAGCUGAAAGAUCAGUGCAUCGUUGACGGACUAACGUAUGAAGUGAACCAGACCUUCACCAAGCGUCACGAUGAGGGUUACAUGAUGAAUUGUACCUGCUUUGGCCAGGGCCGUGGCCGGUGGAAAUGUGAUGCUAUAGACCAGUGCCAGGAGCCAGAGACUCGGGUGUUUUACCAGAUUGGUGAGACUUGGGACAAAGCUAUCCAUGGAGUUCACUAUCGCUGUGUAUGUUAUGGAAAUGGAAUUGGAGAGCUGAGUUGUGAGCCGACGCAAACCUACCCAGGUCGCAGGCCAGUGGAGGUCCUCAUUACAGAAACUGGCAAUCAGCCGGACUCUCACCCAAUUCAGUGGAAUGCGCCUCAGUCUGCCCACAUUGCCCAGUACACCCUGAAGUGGAGACCGAAAAACAGCCGAAUUCAGUGGCAGGAGGUGACUGUCCCCGGACAUCUCAACUCUUACACAAUCAAGGGCCUCCGGCCAGGAAUCACCUAUGAGGGCCAGCUGAUCAGCAUUUUGCGCUUUGGACAGAGAGAAGUCACUCACUUUGAGUUUACUACAACAUUUGGCACAAGACACUCCUCUGAAGGAGAGACAACACAGCCACCUCCAGUGGUCACCAUGUCCGAGUCUGUAUCAGAGAUCACUUCCAGCAGCUUUGUGAUUUCCUGGGUUUCUGCUUCUGACACGGUUUCUGGCUUCCGGGUAGAAUAUGAGCUUAGUGAGGAGGGGUCCAAGACUGAGGUCUUUGAACUCCCUGGAUCAGCCACUUCUGUCAACAUCCCUGACCUGCUUCCAGGACGCAAGUAUGUCGUAAACGUUUUUGAAAUCACAGAGGAAGGCGAGAAGAAUCUCAUUCUUUCCACCACUCAGACCACAGCCCCUGAUGCACCGAAGGAUCACUCCAUUGAUGACGUAGGAGAAACCUCCAUUGUUGUUCGCUGGUCGAAACCUCAGGCUCCAAUCACAGGAUACAGAGUGGUUUACACGCCAUCUGUUGAAGGAAGUCGCACUGAAAUUAACCUGCCCGAUACCGCCACCUCUGUGACCCUGGGUGACCUGUUGCCUGGAGUGCAGUACAACAUUAGCAUCUAUGCUGUGGAGGAGAACCAGGAGAGCGAGCCUAUAGUCAUCCAGCAGACAACUGCUGGGGAACCACAGCCAGCUGUGGUUCCUGCUCCUUCUGACCUGCAGUUUGUAAAAGUUACUGACACAAAGGUGACCAUCACGUGGACUCCUCCUUCAAAGGACAUCUCGGAGUAUCAUGUGACCAUUCUCCCCAUCACUCCCCCUGGCCGAACAGAAGAUGCCCUGCAGCUGCCAGUCAGUGGACGGUCCGUGGAGGAAAUUUCUGGACUUCAGCCUGGGACUACUUACCGUGUCCAGGUUUAUGCGAUCUACCACAGCACAAGGAGUUCACCCCUAGUUGGCGAUGUCACCACGAAACUGGACAAACCUACAGGAAUUCAGUUCCACAAUAUCUCCGAAAGCACAGCUGUGGUAGCCUGGACUGCUCCUCGAGCUAAAAUUGCUGGCUACAGGCUCCGACUUAGCACGUCUGGAGGACAACCAAGGUCCUUCAAUGUCGCUCCGAAAGUGGUCCAUUACACUCUGAGGAACCUGCACCCGGAUACAGAGUACACCGUCUCGGUCAUCGCAGUGAAGGGCAACCAGCAGAGUGAAGCCUUGGCCGGCAUUUUCAACACCCUGGAGGCAACUGGAAGCUCCCCACGUUAUAGCACAGAAGUGACUGACACCUCGAUCAUCAUCACCUGGACACCAGCGGCAAGGUUCAGCUACAAGCUGGCAAUACGACCAAGCCAGGGUGGUGAAGCACCAAGGGAGGUCAUCUCGGAUUCAGGCAGCAUUUAUAUUUCUGGGCUGACUCCCGGAGUGGAGUACACCUACAGCAUCCAGCCGAUUGUGAAUGGACACGAGCGAGGGACCCCCAUCACCAAGAACGUGGUCACACCGCUGUCUCCUCCAAGUGACUUGAGUCUAAAAUCCAAUCCAUCGACCGGAGAGCUAAUAGUGUCAUGGGAUGCCACCAAAACGCCAGAUGCCACUGGCUACAGAGUGACUUGCACUCCCCUUGAUGGUCAGCAUGGCAAUUCCAUUGAGGAGUUUGUAAAGGCAGGCCAGACCUCCUGUACUCUGGAGAACCUGAGACCAGGCGUGGAGUACAAUGUCAGCGUUUACACGGUAAAGAAUGACAUGGAGAGUAGUCCUGUGUCCACCACUGUCAUGCAGGAAGUGCCACGGCUCUCUGACCUUGACUUUGUGGAUGUUACUGACACGACUAUUGGCCUGCGCUGGACACCACUUAACUACACCGCCAUCACAGGCUUUCGCAUCACAGUUGUGGCGGCAGGGGAGAGCGUUCCUGUUUUUGAAGACUUUGUGGAACCCUCUACCAGUUACUACACCGUGUACGGUCUGGAGCCUGGCAUAGACUAUGACAUCAGCGUGAUCACCUUGGUGGACGGUGGUGAGAGCAAACCUGCCACCGUAACUCAACAGACAGCUGUCCCAUCGCCAACCAACCUCAGGUUUACCGGGGUUGGACCAGACUCCAUGCAAGUGUCCUGGACUGCCCCAGAAUCCAUAGAUAUCUCCCACUUCAUGGUGCGCUAUGCUCCAGCAAAGAAGGAAGAGGAUGUGACGGAGCGCCGUAUCCCAGGAAGCAGCAAUUCGAUGACCCUGUCUAAUCUCUUACAAGGCAAACCUGGCAGGGACACAGUCAACACGGAGUUACUAAAUGCCCCAAGCAGCACCGGCCCUGGUAUAGGGGGCCAAGCGGCCAGGGCACCCACCUCCGGAGGGCCGAGACAUCACCGGUGUAGGCAGCAAACAGAAGAUUGA